AUGACGGCCGGCCUUAAGACAAUUAUCGCACUAUCAUUCGUCCUCGCCAUUGGCUUCUUACUCGUCAUUCUUUCCUCAGCUCUUUGGCAUAACUUCUUACCAUUAAUUGUCGUUGCAACUUACGUUGUUGCUCCCCUACCCAACUGGAUCUGCUCACGAUGUGCGAACCCAGAUGAUUUUAUGGACAGCUCGGGAAAUGCUGCUGCUGAUUUUGGCCGUUUCUUAACGGGUUUCCUAGUCUUGAUGGGCAUUGCGCUCCCAGCUGUGCUUGCGCAUAGCGGCGCAAUCCAGGUCCCAGCGAUGAUCAUGUCGAUCCUUGGUGGUCUCUUGAUUUAUGGAACAAUUAUUAGUUUCUCUAUGUUCUUCAAGGAGCAGGAAGAGUUUUGA